CCUGAGUUUGGUGCAAAUGGAGGAGACCACCAACUGGGUGGCUGAAAUCAACAUGGCGAAACAGUUACUAGCUUAUGAAAUUGAGCGCCUCAUGCUUCAAGAACUUACGGGUUCCUCUUCUCUUUGUGACAACCAAAGAAUAAAUAAAUUAGAGAAAAGCAACAACAGCUUAUGCAAACAGAACCUUGACCUACUUGAACAAUUGCAGGUGGCACAUAGUAGGCUCCAAAGUCUUGAAGCCAUAGCAGAGAAGCUCCUGACCAAUGAGAGCAAGCUGAAGCAGGCCUCACCGUCCUUGGAGCUAGAGGGUCACCCUGCUGUGGAUGGUGGAAGCUUGAAGGCAGCCUACCAGGGAAGUCACCCACUGAAGCUGAGCACUCUCAGCAGUCUGACUGUGCCCAGCCUGAGCCCAGAGGUGACAGCUCUGCACCGAAAUUGUACACUUUCCUAACACUGCCCAGGCCUU